AUGAUGAGUUCUGAGUUCAUAAGGCAACAACUAAACCAUUCGAAAUGGUUUGUGGGAAAUGUCAAUGAUGAGGAAAAUAGUCUAGUAACCUUUUUACCUAUUAUAUCUUCUGCUACAAUUUUGAUGGUCGUCUUUAUUCCCCUAAAUGAUUUUGUACCUACUGUAUUCGAACUGACCCAAACUCAAUUGGAGAAGCAAUGCCAAAACCAAGGUUUCACGGGUAAUGCAUCUUUAAAUCAAAUUAAACAAAAACUAAUGGACAUUGUACGGUCACCUAAAAGUAUUAAUCAAUUCGAAAUAGUAGACUCGCAAUUGAGUUUCCAUUUCAGUUUAUCUGCCAUGAUUACGGUUUCUAUAAAGAGUUUACCAUAUCACGUUACCAGGGAUAUCUGCUUUGCAAUCUUGCAGAAUUUAAGCUUGGUUUUAUUACAACUGGCAAGUGUUUCCACCCAAUAUCAAAAUAUCCAGGGAGAUAUUCUUGGUGAAAAGCAAAAAUGCAUAGAUUUUCUUUUAAGGUCCGUUAAUGAUUUAGAUGGAGGAACUAAAAUAAUUAGCCAAUGGGCACCUGAAACCUCUAAAAACCACAAGUUUCUUCAGCCAGUUACAGAUGAUGAUAUAGUGGAAAAACUACUCACUAAAGGGAACGUGCACUCUCAAACCCCAGCAACCAAUUCAUUGAAAAGACUGUUAACUUUUCAAGAUAUACGUGAUAUAAAUCAAAGUACAGAACCAAACGAAUCUACUAAAGCACCCUUUGAAUUCUCUCCAGUAAAUGAGCUCGAUGAUUAUGACGAUGAUUUCGAACCGCAGUCAAGAGAGGUAGACCCUUUAAAUAGACAUCGACCAAAUAGCCACUCCACUUUAAAAUCUGAAGGAAACUACAAGGAGAAUGCCACAAAAAGGAGUGCCACAUCGUUGCCUUUUACAGAAGAUUUUUCUAGGCUUGAGUCUACAUCUCCAGAAAGAACAAGGUCGGAGUCAGCUACGCCUUCAGUUUCCUCUUCAGCUGACACUUACCCUCGAAAAAAAAGAAAGUUUGGAAAGAUCAAAAUUAAAAACUGA